CGACGCCAGAACCGCACACCGCGGAGGCGUGCCGGCAAGGCUUCUUGAUUCUGAUACUCGCAUGUACCGCUGGCUUAGGUGGCUGGUCUGGAAUAGGGGUCCUCACUUUUCGGCGCCAGUAUGCAGGUCUCCAGCCUCAAUGAGGUGAAGAUUUACAGUCUCAGCUGCGGCAAGUCCCUUCCAGAGUGGCUUUCUGAUAGGAAGAAGAGAGCCCUCCAAAAGAAAGAUGUUGAUGUUCGUAGAAGAAUUGAACUUAUUCAGGAUUUUGAAAUGCCUACUGUUUGUACCACUAUUAAGGUGUCAAAAGAUGGGCAGUAUAUUUUAGCAACUGGAACAUAUAAACCGAGGGUUCGAUGUUAUGACACUUAUCAGUUAUCCUUGAAGUUUGAAAGGUGCUUAGAUUCAGAAGUUAUCACCUUUGAAACUUUGUCAGAUGACUACUCAAAGAUUGUCUUCUUACAUAAUGACAGAUAUAUUGAAUUUCAUUCACAAUCAGGUUUUUACUACAAAACCAGAAUACCAAAGUUUGGGAGAGAUUUUUCCUACCAUUAUCCUUCCUGUGACUUGUACUUUGUUGGUGCGAGCUCUGAAGUUUAUAGGUUAAACUUAGAACAAGGACGGUAUUUGAAUCCUCUGCAAACUGAUGCUGCGGAGAAUAAUGUUUGUGACAUAAAUUCAGUGCACGGUUUGUUUGCCACCGGAACAGUAGAGGGUCGUGUGGAAUGCUGGGAUCCAAGAACUCGAAAUAGAGUUGGCCUGUUGGACUGUGCACUGAGUAGUGUCACAGCAGACUCAGAGAUAAACAGUUUACCAACAAUCUCUGCUUUGAAAUUUAAUGGCGCCUUGACCAUGGCAGUUGGAACAUCCACAGGGCAGGUGUUGUUAUAUGAUCUCCGUUCUGAUAAGCCUUUGUUAGUUAAAGAUCACCAGUAUGGACUACCCAUUAAGUCAAUUCAUUUUCAGGAUUCACUAGAUUUGAUUUUGUCUGCAGACUCACGCAUUAUCAAAAUGUGGAAUAAGAACACAGGAAAAAUAUUUACUUGCCUGGAGCCAGAGCAUGAUAUUAAUGAUGUCUGUCUCUAUCCCAACUCAGGCAUGCUGCUAACUGCCAAUGAAACCCCCAAGAUGGGCAUCUAUUAUAUUCCGGUUUUGGGUCCCGCUCCUAGAUGGUGUUCCUUCUUAGACAACUUGACAGAAGAAUUAGAAGAGAACCCAGAAAGCACAGUUUAUGAUGACUACAAAUUUGUCACCAAGAAGGACCUUGAAAAUUUAGGGCUCACACAUCUUAUUGGAUCACCACUCCUCCGGGCGUAUAUGCAUGGAUUCUUCAUGGAUAUCCGGUUCUAUCACAAGGUGAAAUUGAUGGUAAAUCCAUUUGCUUAUGAAGAAUAUAGGAGAGAUAAGAUCAGACAGAAGAUAGAAGAAGCACGCGCCCAGAGAGUUCAGUUAAAGAAAUUGCCAAAAGUUAACAAGGAGCUGGCACUUAAACUAAUUGAGGAAGAGGAAGAGAAACAAAAAUCCACAUUGAAAAAGAAAGUUAAGAGCCUACCUAACAUUCUCACUGACGAUCGAUUUAAAGUCAUGUUUGAGAAUCCUGACUUCCAAGUGGACGAAGAAAGUGAAGAAUUUAGGCUGUUGAAUCCUCUUGUUUCAAAAAUUAGUGAGAAAAGGAAGAAGAAACUAAGACUCUUAGAGCGACAACAACUCCAUGAAAAGGAAGAGGAGGAAGAACCAGAAGGAAAACCAAGUGAUGCAGAAAGUUCUGAGAGUUCAGAUGAUGAAAAAGACUGGGUUGAAGAGGUCAGGAAACAGCGCAGACUUCUCCAGCAGGAGGAAAAAACGAAGCGGCAGGAGCGGCUCAGGGAGGACCAGCAGACUGUCCUCAAGCCCCAGUUUUACGAGAUCAAAGCAGGAGAAGAAUUCAGAAGCUUCAAAGAUUCUGCCACAAAGCAGAAGUUGAUGAAUAAAACCCUUGAAGAUCGUUUGAAACUUGAAGCCAAAAAUGGGACAUUGAGCGUAUCAGACACUACAGUUGGCAGCAAACAACUAACAUUCACUUUAAAGAGGUCUGAACAGCAGAAGAAGCAGCAGGAGGCUGAGAAACUGCACCGACAGGAGAGGAAGACCCUUCGACGGUCAGCAGGUCACUUGAAGUCCAAAAACAGGAGAGGACGACCAUUUCACUGACGGACUGACCCUGCGGGGUGGGGUGGGGGGAGGAGCGCACGCUGAUGGACACUGGGAUGCAUCAACCACAGAUGGGGAGCACUGCUUCCUGAAGCUCAGUGUACAUUCUUCACACACCCAGGGCAGGGAUCUAGCAGCUGAGUCCCUGCCGAUUGCCAGUGUGCCUCAUCUUCCAGGGUGAAGGAAAGCCACAACUGACAGUUGUCCCAGGAACAUUUUGUCCCGAGUUUUAAUCAUGUAAACUAGGUUGCCUUUCUGAACCAACUUCUUUUUGCCUUUUUCUGAGAGAGAGGGAAAAUAUACCACAGCACCAAAGCUUCCUUGAGUGCAGGGAGAUGGGGUGGGGGUGGGGGUGGGGUCGAACUUGGGUUGUGUACGUGACAAGGCAGAUGUGCUAUCCAUGUGAGCUAUUUUGCCAACCCCAAGUUGCUGUUUUUUAAUAUUGUGAGAUCUACAACAUGAAUUGAAAGAUCAUCUUGUGCUAAGCUAAGGAUGUACUUUAGGAAUUUGUUUUUUCCCCUUGCAAUGCCUACAGCCAUUCAUAAUGGAACGUUCUAGAAAUGUCAUUCCUUUUGUACCAAUAUGUGGCGUUGGUUAUGUUUGUGUCUAUAAGUAUAUAUUGAUAGCUUUGUAGUUUA